AUGAAAAGUACAAUAAAACCUUUGCCAUAAAUUAACAAUAGACCCUCUCUUCAUGAGGAUGAUUCAUGUCCUGGAAGAUUGCACAUUUAUUAGAGAAAGUUGAAAUUUGGAAGCAAUACUUAUAUAAUUAGUAGUAAUAAUGCUGUUUCAGAAUCUUUAAAUAAAAAGCAGUAAUAAACUCCUGUUUCCGAAUCAUAGUUAUUGAAGUAAAUCGAUACAAAACUAGAAAUUCAUAAGAAAGACAUUGAAUACAGAAAUAAUAUGAUUAUCUCAAUUGAAAAAGGUUUUGUAUCAAUGAAAUAAGAGUUAGUAAAGGAAAAAAAUUAAAAUGAAGAGAAAUCCAAAUAAUUAUAAGAAUUAUAGGCUAGUUAUUAAGCAAUUUAGUUAAGACUUAAGUAGGCAGGCGAUUCAUCUAAAUAAAAUUUAUAAGCUGAGAAAGAUAGGGAGAAAAUUAAUACGUUAGAAAUUAGCAUUAGAUAAUUCUAAACAAAAGAAUAGGGGUUAUUACAAUAGAUAGAAUCAUUAAAUUAAUAAAUAUCUUAAUAUACAGAAAAAUUAAAGAGUAAAGAAGAAAGUAAUGAAGAAUUUAAAAGAUUAAAGGAUUAACUGCAUAAAGCUGAAGUAUUAAAUUUUGUUAAUAAAUAAGGAUUAGCAAGGUAGAAUGGAACAUUAAAUCCAUGAUAUUUAAAAAAAUAUAGAGAAGGAAGUUAAUGAAAAAAACAAUAUAAAGAAAUAAUAUGAAUCUCUUAAUCAUGAUAGUUAACUAAAACAGCAGAAUUUGAAUAAAGAGAUUUCAGCUUCAUUGCUACAGAUAAAACAACUAGAGUAAGAAAAGAUGACAAUAUCGGAAAAUUUAUGGAAAUCUAAAGAUUAAAACGAUUAAAAUAGCAAACUAAAUGAGUAAAUUUUAAGUUUAAAAUCAUAACUUUCAGAGUUAUAAAAAAUCAGAGAUGUAUGAAUACCAUCUUAUAUAGAAAGAUAUUGGUUAAUUGAGAUAAAAAAUUGAAGAUCAAUCCAAAAAUUCAAUAGAAUUAAAAGAUUAAUUGGAAAAAUUAAAGCUAAAACAACAAGAAUUAUAAUUAUAAUUAUAAGAAAAAAUAUUGCGACUGGAAUAAUUAAGAAUUCAACAAUAAUUGUUGGACUAAUAGGAUUAAAAUAAUAAAUCGGAAAUUAAUAAUUUGAAUAAGCAAAUUGAAUCUUUGAAGGAACAAUUAUCCAAACCAAAAAACACAAAAUAAAUUACAGAUACAAUUUUACAAUUAGAAAAAACUGAUGUAAUAAUAAUAUUUUAAAUAUUCCAUAGAGAGACAUAUAGAAGAAUUUAUCCUGUACAUUUUGUAACAAAUUCAUAAAACAACCCGUUACAAUUAUUCCUUGCGGACAUUCGUAUUGUUUUGAAUGCAAAAAAGGAUAUAAUAAGGAAUGUUUCAAAUGUGGACCUAAAUUAAAAAUAGAAGCUAUGUAUAGAAAUGAAUUACUUGAUGAUAUUAUCGCAAUGGUUAAAUUAAUUGAAUAAAGUAUCAAUAGUAUGAAACAAGUUACUAAAUAAUGA